AUGGGGGACUGGAACCUUUUGGGGAAGCUGCUAGAGAGCGCCCAGGAGCACUCCACUGUGGUGGGCAAAGUGUGGCUGACGGUGCUGUUCAUCUUCCGCAUCCUGGUGCUGGGGGCCGCCGCUGAGAAAGUGUGGGGAGACGAGCAGUCCGGCUUCACUUGUGACACCAAGCAGCCCGGUUGUCAGAACGUCUGCUAUGACAAGACCUUCCCCAUUUCCCACAUCCGCUUCUGGGUGAUGCAGAUCAUCUUUGUGUCCACACCCACACUCAUUUACCUGGGCCACAUCCUCCAUCUGGUGCGCAUGGAGGAGAAAGUGAAAGAAAAGGAAAAGGAACAGGCCCUCCAGAAUGAAAAGCAGCUACUUACUACAAAAGCCAAGAAGGCACCCAUUAAGGACAACCAAGGUCAUGUGCGGCUGCACGGUGCACUGCUUCGAACCUAUGUUUUGAACAUUAUUUUCAAGACCCUAUUUGAAGUGGCCUUCAUCAUAGCUCAGUACUUCCUGUAUGGUUUUGAGCUCAAGCCAAUGUACACAUGUGACCGCUGGCCGUGCCCCAACGUGGUCAACUGCUACAUCUCCAGACCCACCGAGAAGACAGUCUUCAUCCUCUUCAUGCUGGCCGUGGCCGCCAUCUCUCUGCUGCUCAAUCUGGUGGAGAUGUACCAUCUCGGCUUCACCAAAUGCCACCAGGGUCUCCGCUACAGGAGGUCGCAGGCUGCGAGCGAGACCUCCAAAUCCCUGGGGGAGCCCGUCAUGCCAUUUGUCCCAAGCUACAACUACUUCUCCGGUCGCCCCACAGUGCCUGAAGCAUUCCCCGUGGAAGCAAAGUACAGCAUGACCGAGGCCAACCCCGCGUACAGCCCCUACAACAGCAAGGCCGUAUACAAGCAGAACAGAGACAACAUGGCCGUGGAGAAGAAAGGAAAAACAGAUGGAGAAGACUUAAAGGACAAGAAAACAUCUGCCUCGGUUUCAGACAUGCCUGUGGAAAGCUUGCGUAGAAACAGCCAGUCCAGCAAGCAUAGCAACAAUAAGAGCAGGAUGGAUGAUCUCAAAAUAUAG